GUCUCGCAUAGGGACUUAAAGCAGAAAUUAUCGCAAAUCUGUCCCAGUAUAGGGGCCAACACAUUCCCGGCAACAUUUUUUUAUAUUUGGUGAAAACUUCAGUGAAGAAAUUUAUAGUCAGAAAGUAACAAAACUAAUGCAUCUUACUAGACAUUGAAUGUUCAAUUGUGUAUGGUUUUCUUGAUCACCAUUCAGAAUAAGCUCAAUUUUACAAACUGUACCGUACUCACACGUCGAUAACUCAUCCCUUCUAUGCUCUUCCGCCUAUAAUAAUGAUGAGCAAUACUGCACCUCCACCAUCUAAUCUAUUUCUAUAUCACGCAAACCAUACGAUAAUCGAACCUCCCAUUACCCUCCCAUUUCGAUCAUAAACUCUGCACGCAAUAUUUUCAAGGCCAGCCAGCCAGCCAGUCAGACUUAACAUAUGCAUGACUCCUACGGAAUGUUUUUUUUUUCACUUAGCUCACGCAACUCAGUUCAACUAAUUCCAGCAGCAGUUCAUUGCUAUUUUUAAUCUGUUUACUCCGAACGCACCGAGCACAUGGCAGAGAGACAGAGAGUACUAGAGUGCGUUUGUCCUAUAUUCGAACACGAUGGAGCACGGCUGUGGCCGUUACUUCGAGUGAUAAUAGUCCGAAGGGUCGAAUGUCCAGAUAGGUGAAAUUCGGCUUUUGGCAGUUGAACCUUAUCGGUAUGCCGUUGGCAGUACUGUUGACGUCAUUAAUCUCUUGUACCGCUCAGAUGCUUCUUGGAGGCUGAGUAUAAUGAAGAUCGACUGAGAACGAAGAUCGACCGAGGAGGAUGUACCGAUCCGGGGCAAGUACAAUCACUUCAAGGCAGUAGUCGCGUGCAGUCACAAGGUUCGGGGCCAGCUCUCGGUACAAGUGCCGGGAAGGUUGGAAAGGGUGCCUCCCUCUGGCGUUACAAUCUCGAUCGCGCCUGCGAUAGCCAUCGACCGUAGACAACACAUUCGCGCGGGUGAAUGCCGAGCAGCGAAACCCCACGGCCACGAGCGCGCCAUCGGUACCACCAACACUAGCACAGCGCCGCGCGCACGUUGACGUAGAAAUAGAAUGGCUCGAAGUACGCUGUUGGCACCGCUUGCCUGUCUAAUAUUCCUUAACUGUUUAAAGCCAUUGAUAAGCUGGCCGGCGAACGACAAAGACGCUCCCGCAAUGUCGCACCCCGAGUUCGAUCAGUAUCUUGGCGACUAUCUGCAGGCGGGCGAUACGCUGGCCCUCCUGCUCGACUACGAUGGAACGCUGGCCGAGCUGACGUCCCAUCCGAACCUGACGCAGAUGAGCGAUGCGAUGCGGGACAGUCUGCGCAACAUCGCCAACAGUGGCAAGGCGUUUGUGGCCGUCAUUUCGGGUCGUGACGUGGACGGGGUAAAGGAGAAGAUCGGCCUGGAGAACGUGAUCUACUCGGGGAACCAUGGGCUGGAGGUGCUGUAUCCGAACGGCACCCGCCACAACCAGGGCAUUCCGCGCGAUGUGGCCGACAACUUUGACAAGAUGAUCGAUCAGCUCAAUCGGGAGGUAAGAAAGAGCUGGUUCGUUUUGGUUCGGUGUUUUGAAAGGUGCUCUCAUUCUCCGCGUUUGCCACAGGUUGUCCACCAUGGAUCGUGGGUCGAGAACAAGCGCGUUUCGAUAACGUUCCACUUCCGGGAGGCAGAACAGCAGUAUGUGCCGGAGAUGGCGGCCCGUGCCAAGGAGAUCAUUGAAUCGUACGGCUAUCGAGCGAAUGCGGCCCACGCCUCCGUGGAAGGCAAGCCUCCGAUCCAGUGGAACAAGGGACUGGCGGCGGAGUACAUCCUCGGCACCAGCUUCGAUGCGAACUGGCGUCAGCGCAAGGUGCUGUUCGCCGGGGACGAUACCACUGACGAGGACGUGAUGCGGAUGAUCAAGGGCACGGGAAGGUCGUUCCGGGUGACGAAAGAUAAGGACCUGGUGACGAGCGCGGACUAUAAAAUACCUUCGGUGGAUGCGGUUUAUCACCUGCUAAAGUGGAUCGAAUCGAGAGUCGUUUAGGGCCAGGCUUUCUUUCCUCCCUCCCCCCGGCGGCCUGUGGGUGUGAAGUUUUCGGCCUCAAUAAACCAGGGCUGGGUGGGGGAAAGGGGACAGUGACAAUCGUGCGGUGUGUUUGUAAACAAACUGCUUCUUAUCAAAAGAUGCUGCCCUUAUCGUUCUUCCUUCUUCGCAAGCAAAAACAACGCAGCGAUUGCCGUUCCACAGCUAACAACGAUGUGACGAAUGAUCAGCAGUUUAGCAUUUCUAAUGAGGAUUGUUUUGAGCUGAUUGGGAUCAAACUUACUAAAGUGUUUUUGAGGCACCAGGUGUAGAAGCAAACAUGUUUUAAGAAUUUGGUUGUGAAAACAGGCACAGAACACAAUUUUCACCUUAAGUUACACGAAACUAACGAAAACUUGCAUCAAAAAGAGCAGUUGAUGAGAAAUAAAGUAAAAAAAAAAACUGAUAAAUAAACAAUAAAAUAAUUUGAAAA